UUAAUUAUAGAUAGACAAUUAUAGAUCGAUGAAACGAAUGUCAAUAUCUGUCUUCAAUUGAUAUUUCACAAUCUGAUAUUUCACGUGUUCGAUUUGGGAAUAACCUCUCACGAUACAAUUAAGAAACUGUAUACCCUGUGUCCACUCCUAAUUGCUCGAAUUUGUCGCAUCCCGUUAAAAGUGGAAUGCCGCAAGUAUGAGGUUUCCUCUCAUUUCGUUAACAAGAUUAUCCACAACCAUCUUCCGUGGAAGAGUAGGUCCCCCCCGUGUACAAGUUCUAGUCGAGUCACAGACUUUUAACCUGCUCUUCAAUUUCUUAAACUUAAACUCUUAAAACUCUUUCGAACGGAAAAUGAAACAGAUCUACGUUCUCCGUUCUACGUAAAAGAAGAAGAAGAAGAUCUACAUAAAUCGACCGAUCGAAAAAUUUCGAUUCUUUGGAAAAACUCGUUGCUCUCGUUAUCCUGUUCCGUCCAUAAAAAUUGCACCGUUCGUGGUGUCAACGUUCCAUUAACUGGAAUGAAGAGUGCGUGGUCGGGACCGCGAGAGGCUGUCUCGUCCGCACGGGAAAAAAGUUCGUUUAAGGACACGGUCGAAGCGUGGACUGGUUGUUCCCACUUGACCGUGAGCACGCCGCCAGGCGAAGUGAUGAAAGUUAAGUGGCGCGGUGUAAGGUCGUUACCACUUUCGUUACCGUACGCGUCGUUCUCUGCGUUCAGUAGACGAUGACCACUCGCUGGCGUCGCAUCGUUCCUUCCGCCGUCCAACACCUGUUCCUCAAAACAGCACCGAUCGACAUGAGGGCCGGGUGGCUUUUCUCGUGCCUGUUGAUCGUCCUCGCCCAUGGGGCGCACUCGUUGAACCCGGACGCUGGCCCCUGGGUCCAACCCACUCACGGCGAGCCCUGGCCAAUGCCCAACCACCGCCACGUGACCGAUAAGUUCUAUCUUCUACGAGCCUCGACCUUUCAGUUGAACGUAGUCGGAAAAACUUGCGACAUCGUGGCCGAUGCCGUUGAGAGGUACAAGGCGAUUAUACUGACCGAGGCACGAAUAGCGAAAAUUUCCUCUCAAGGUCACACGAGAUCCCAAAUAAGGGACAACACGACCAUCACCGAUACUCUCAACACUUUGAAUAUCCAUUUGAGGGAGCCAUGCGAGAAGGAUGGCAACCAUUGGCCCUAUUUAGGGAUGGACGAAUCAUACAAGCUGAACAUAAACGAAACAUCGACGGUGGAUCUGUUCGCGAAGACGGUAUGGGGGAUUCUGCGGGGGUUGGAAACCUUUUCUCAGCUCUUGGUCCCGGCCGGGGAUGGAUCGAACUUGAAGAUAAGAUGCCAAAGUAUCGUAGACUUCGCGAGGCUUCCGCACCGUGGACUCCUGUUGGACACGUCUCGCCAUUACCUUCCCAUUCACGACAUACUGCUCACACUGGACGCCAUGUCUUACAACAAAAUGAACGUUCUCCACUGGCACAUCGUGGAUGACAAUAGCUUCCCCUAUCAAAGCUCCAGCUAUCCAAAUUUGUCCGCCAAGGGCGCAUACCAUCCCUCGAUGGUGUACACGCUCAACGACAUCCAGCAAAUCGUCGACUAUGCGAGGCUGAGGGGUAUCCGGGUGAUGCCGGAAUUCGAUACUCCUGGACAUACCAGGUCAUGGGGUUUAGCCUAUCCCGAAUUGUUGACCACUUGUUACGACGCGAAGGGGAAGCCGAAUGGUAAAUUGGGUCCGAUGAAUCCGACGAAUCCGACGCUGUACGAGUUCCUCCGCCACUUAUUCGCCGAGAUCGUGCAAGUGUUCCCGGAUCAAUACGUUCAUCUGGGCGGAGACGAGGUGCCGUUCGAUUGUUGGAAGAGCAAUCCCGAGAUCAAUUCGUACAUGAAGUCGCGCAACAUAUCCAGUUACAAUCUUCUCGAGAGCGAAUAUAUCGGCAGGCUUCUUCGUAUCACGGACUCGCUUGAGGCCAACACGAUCGUUUGGCAGGAGGUAUUCGAGAAUGGUGUGGUGAUGCCGAAUACGACGGUGGUGCACGUGUGGACCGGCGUCUGGGCGAAGAAGUUGGAAGAGGCCACGAGAGCCGGGCACCCCGUUCUGUUGUCAGCCUGUUGGUACCUGGAUCACAUAGUUAACACUCGUGAUUGGAAGAAAUUCUACGCGUGCGAUCCUUUGGCGUUCAACAAAACCGUGAACUCGUCCCAUUUGAUGCUGGGAGGCGAAGCGUGCAUGUGGGGAGAAUUCGUGGACAGGAACAACGUGCAUCCGAAAAUAUGGCCUCAUGCCAGCGCAACCGCGGAACGUCUUUGGACUUUUGUGAAACAAGACGACAACAAAGCCGCUCAACGACUCGAGGAGCACGCUUGUCGGAUGAACAGACGCGGAAUCCCGGCACAACCGCCGAAUGGACCCGGAUUCUGCGUGAUGUAACAGAAAAGAAAGCAAAGUCAACCGGAGAAUUUUGUCCGCAUCUUUUCUUUUUUUUUUUCUUUUUUUUUAUAUUUUCGAUCAUAGACGAAUUUCAAUUUUCAAUUUUCAUUUUCUUCGCGCGUGAUACCAUUUCCGAGAAUCGAUCGAAACUGCUACUAAGCAUGUUUACAAGGGAAAUGUAAUUGAAUGUAAAUUUUCUUUCUAGAGAUCCUUCGUACGAUGAAAUAAAUUCCUUCGAUAAUUCGA